AUGGAGGACAGCAAUUUCGAACCUCCGCUCGCUUCAUUGAGCCUUACACAUGUAUACUACAAUCCAGAUGAUCCAGCAUCCCUCCUGUGCGCAUGGCUCGCGCUCGUGCCCCAGGCACUCAUGGUCUCGUACGCGACGCUGUCUGUCGCGCAGCGGGAGCUGGAGGUGCUGCUUAUGCUUUCGGGGCAGCUGGCGUGCGAGGCGUUGAACUGGGUGUUGAAGCGGUGCUUUAAACAGCAGCGCCCUAAGCAGAUGUACGGCAAAGGCUACGGCAUGCCCUCCUCGCACGCCCAGUUCGUCGCCUUCUUCGCCUUGUACCUCAGUCUGUGGCUGCAUCUCCGCGCGAGCCACCAUCUCCCGCGGUACCAGAAGGUGCUUCUGUCGAUUUUGUGUGUUGCGGGGUCUGCGGCGGUGAGUGGGAGCCGGGUGUAUUUGAGCUACCAUACGCCGACGCAGGUGGCGUGCGGGUAUUCGGUUGGGGUUGUGUUUGCGGUUGGGUGGUUUCUGGUGACGGCGUGGUUGAGGGAGACGAGGAUGGGAGAGGAGGGGAGUUGGGGGCUGGAGAGGCUGACGGGUGGGAGGAGGUUGUGGGAGUGGAUAUUGUGGGUGGGGCAGUGGGCAUGUGUCAAGGAUUUGUGCACGCAGGUGGAUGUGGUGAGGUGGGAGUGGGAGGUGUGGAAUAAGUGUAGGGUUGGUGGGGGUGUGGUGGUGGACGAGGGGGUGAAGAUGCUGAAUCAGGAGUUGAAGAAGAAGAGGUCAUGA